UAAACACACACACACACAACAUAACCUUAAACCUGACACGCAUGUCCCAGCUCGCGCGCGCGUCAUACGUGCACUUGGCCUUUUUUCGAUAUAGUUAUUUGUUUAUUAGCCGUCAGCAACAAUCAGCUGUAUAUAUUUCUUCGAACGAAAUAUAACCGAGGGCUUUUCCAGAAGACUUUUAUACAGAUAAAAAGAACGAGAUGAGCACGCAGAAGGGGAACACACAUCGCACAAGGCCGCAGAAGCACAGGAAUCAAUUCGCCUUUAAAAAUACUCUGCACGAUACAUCUCACAAGACCAAGACAAUCAAUAGUCUGCAAAUAGCCAAUGUGUGCGAGAGAUGCAAGAAGAUAUUAGAGUGGAAAAUCAAGUACAAAAAGUACAAGCCGUUGAAGGCUCCUGGAAUAUGCAAUAAGUGCGAUCAGAAAACUGUCAAGCACGCCUACCACACAAUGUGUGGCCCCUGCGCAAGGGAGCGUGACGUAUGUCCCAAGUGCGGACUCCAGAAUGAACUGGUAGCACCACAGCCUACCAAGGAGGAGCAGCUCAAAUUGGAUAAUGAAAUGCAGAGCAUGCUCAAAACACUGCCGGAGAGAAAGAGAAGAACUUUUAUUCGUUACAUGAACAAGAAUACUAAGAAAAAACGAAAAGAAAGAAGAGAAAACGAAGAAUAUGUGGACAGUGAUAGUGAAACAGAUGACAAUGAUGAAGAGCGUAAAGAAUGCACACGUGAUGAUUUGAUCAACAAAUUGAAAUCAUUGAUGAUCGAGGAACACAAGGACGAUGAUGGUUUUGAUAGUGAUUUGUCUGAUGAUGAAUUAGACUCAGAUGAUUAAAAUAUUAUUUAAAAAAAACAUUUGUUUUUUAUAAUUUAUAUCUUACUAUUGUUAAUUUUAGAAUUAAUAACACGAAUGAAAUUUGUUGCAUGUGGUCUUCUUUUUUUUUCACAAUCUCUUGCUACAAUAAAUUUUUAUCAACAAAGCUUUCAUACAUUUGAAUUCAUCAAUUUUUGUACUUUAGACUAUGUAAAAAUUUAAAAUGGACUUUGACAAAAAAAGUAAACCAAAAGUGCUCAGUUGUAUGCAAAGAGGACCUGGUCCUCGUUAUAAGCUAAAAUCUCUCACUGGAUAUGAAGAUCAUGAUCCAUCUCGACGUCGAAGUCCGGCCUUCUCUAUGAAAUUUCGUCCUAAAACCAAAUUACAAUGCACUGGGCCUGGACCAUACUCUAUUACUCAUCACAUGACAAAUCGAGGUUUAGAAGUACCAGCAGCUUACAGCAUGGCCUUCAGACCUCACAAAAAGUAUGAAGAUUCGGUUCCUGGACCUGGCGCCUAUGCACCAGAGAAAUAUCCACCGGUAAAUCAUCAUCGCAGAGCUGCAGCUUAUACAAUACUCUUUAGACAUGAUAAGACUCACUGUAAGGAUGGUCCUGGACCAAUUUACAUGCUUCCCACGUGUAUAGGCCCAGAGAUCCCAGAUGUAAAAGCAGAAGGAGCUUAUUCAAUGGCUUUCAAACACAAGCAGCGAAUACAGAGUACAGGUCCUGGUCCAGCUGCAUACAGUAUCAAACUCAAUCCAGUUAAGAAGCAAUAUCCAGCUUAUUCAAUGAAAUUUCGGCAUAAUUUGUAUGACUAUUCAAGGCAAUUACCAGGCCCUCAAUAUAGUUACAAUAUAGACUUGAUUAAAAAACGCCAGCCAAUGUACUCAUUUGGAGUUCGACACAGUGAAUGUACGGCAGUUGGACUUACAGAAAAUGAUGAGAUUUGAAUUUUAGAAAAUUUUAAAAUGUAAGAUUUUUAGUGGAAAAAUUUGUAAUUGUCUGUUUGUACUGAAUUCAUUAAAAAUGUUUUUGCAUAUAAA